AUGAUUUUGAUCUGGCUCAUUCUUGGCGCCCUUGCCUUGUUGGGCGUCUGCGGCGUGCUGCUCGCGCCCUCGCGCUAUGCCCCGGUCUCGUCCGAUGCCACCGUGCAGGUCGUCGUGCUGGGUGACAUUGGCCGGAGCCCGCGCAUGCAGUACCAUGCCAUCAGCCUUGCCAAACACGGACACAACGUUGACAUAGUAGGAUACAAAGAAUCCGAACUGCACGCUUUCCUGGAAUCCAGCCCCAAGGUCAAGGUGGUUGCAAUCCCGCCAUGGCCGAAACGCUAUCAGACGGACAACAAGUUGCUGUUCCUGGGAAUGGCCCCUCUUAAGGUCCUCUGGCAGACAUGGGGCCUCUUUUCUGCGCUGGCAUACCGCACAGUCCCCGCAAAGUUCACUUUGGUACAGAACCCUCCGUCCAUACCGACGCUGCUCGUCGCCCAUGUUGUCUGUCUCUUGCGCAACACAACCCUGUGCAUAGACUGGCACAACUUUGGGCACUCGAUCCUGGCCCUGAAGCUUGGCUCCAAGCAUCCUCUGGUUCGGAUUUCCGAGACGUACGAGUAUGCCGUCUCCCGCAGUGCUCCAGUCAACUUUACAGUUACUGAGGCAAUGGCCCGCGUCCUUCGCGAGAAACACGGCAGACAGUACGUAGUGCCUCUGUACGAUCGACCCCCGGCGCACUUCCAGCCCUGCCGCUCAGACGGAGCUCGCAAGGAAGGCUUCCGAGAGCUCUCGAAGCGUCUAGGCUGGCCAGAGCACGACGGGCCAACAAGACUCCUCGUUAGUUCCACUUCAUGGACCGCAGACGAAGACUUUUCCAUCCUGCUGGACGCUCUAGCAGGCUACUCGGUCGUCGCGACUGCACGGAACCUACCAACGAUCCUUGCGGUGAUCACCGGAAAGGGCCCGCAAAAGGAUUACUACCUGUCCCGGAUCGCCGCCAUGGAAUCCGAGAGGAAGCUCGAGCGCGUCCGCAUACGCACCGCCUGGCUCAGCAUGGAGGAUUACGCCGCAAUGCUCAGCUUUGCAGACCUGGGCGUGUCUUUGCAUAUGUCUUCUUCUGGAGUCGACUUGCCGAUGAAGGUCGUCGACAUGUUCGGCGCCGGUCUGCCAGUGGUGGGAUGGAGCCAGUUCGAAGCUUGGUCGGAGCUUGUGAAGGAAGGUGUGAACGGAAAAGGCUUCGGCAGUUCCGCUGAAUUGAGAGAGCUGCUGCUAGAGUUGUUCACUAAUGAUGAGGGGCUUGCAAGACUGAAAGAAGGCGCAUUGAAGGAAUGCGACAAGAGAUGGGACGACGAGUGGGACGCAAAGGCCGGGAAGAUCUUUUUGUAA